ACGCGUGAAAGUGACGCAAAACGCAGAAAUAAGUUCAAUAAGAUCGGUCCAAACGGACCCUCUGUCUCACACAUUCACCUACAGACACUGAUGCUUAAAUGGUGCUUCGUCCAGAACUUCUUCUCAACUAGGUGUGUGGUAGAGAAAUGGCGAGUGUGAAGGAGGUGAUGGUGGCGGUACCGUACAGAAUAAUAUUGGAGGAAGAGGAAACUGGGAACCCAACCGACGCGGUGUUAUUCGUUGGGAUCAGUUUGGUGCUCGGAAUCGCUUGCAGGCAUUUACUGCGUGGGACUAGGGUUCCCUACACUGCCGCCUUGCUCAUCCUCGGCAUUGCUCUCGGUUCCAUCGAAUAUGGGACGCACCAUCGACUCGGAAAGAUUGGGGAUGGCAUUCGAAUUUGGGCAAAUAUUGAUCCUAACCUUCUAUUGGCGGUUUUUCUUCCUGCACUUCUUUUUGAGAGUUCAUUUUCAAUGGAGGUGCACCAAAUAAAGAGAUGCAUAGUACAAAUGAUUUUACUUGCUGGUCCUGGUGUUCUGAUUUCGACCUUCUUUCUUGGAGUUGCUUUAAAGUUCACUUUCCCGUAUGACUGGAGUUGGAAAACAUCAUUGUUGCUUGGGGGACUUCUGAGUGCUACAGAUCCCGUGGCUGUUGUUGCUCUGUUGAAAGAGCUUGGUGCGAGUAAAAAACUAAGUACUAUAAUUGAAGGGGAGUCCUUGAUGAAUGAUGGGACAGCAAUAGUGGUUUAUCAGUUAUUCUAUCAAAUGGUCCUUGGACAGAGCUAUAGCUGGGCUGCCAUCAUCAAAUUUCUCACGCAAGUCUCACUUGGGGCUGUAGGCAUUGGUCUUGCUUUUGGAAUAGUCUCUGUUUUGUGGCUUGGGUUUAUUUUUAAUGACACGGUGAUAGAGAUCACACUGACACUUGCUGUGAGCUACAUUGCUUACUUCACUGCUCAAGAGGGGGUUGAUGUCUCUGGUGUUUUGACAGUGAUGACUCUAGGAAUGUUUUAUGCUGCGGUUGCGAAGACUGCUUUUAAGGGUGAUGGUCAACAAAGCUUACAUCAUUUUUGGGAAAUGGUCGCUUAUAUUGCUAAUACGUUAAUUUUCAUCUUGAGCGGUGUUGUUAUAGCUGAAGGCAUUCUCAGUGGUGACAAUAUUUUUGAAAAUGGAUAUUCAUGGGCAUAUCUUAUUCUCCUCUAUGUUUAUGUGCAAGUUUCCCGGUUCAUCGUUGUUGGAGUUUUGUAUCCCUUUCUAAAGUAUUUUGGUUAUGGUUUGGAUUGGAAAGAAGCUACUAUUCUCAUAUGGUCAGGCUUGCGAGGGGCUGUUGCAUUGGCACUUUCCCUUUCAGUUAAGCAAUCUAGUGACAGCUUGCCCGAAAUCAGUCCCAAAACUGGAACUCUGUUUGUUUUCUUCACUGGUGGAAUUGUAUUCUUGACGCUUAUUGUGAAUGGUUCAACAACACAGUUCAUUUUACAUCUUUUGAAUAUGGAUAAGCUAUCAACUGCAAAGAGGCGCGUACUGGACUACACAAAGCAUGAAAUGUUGAUCAAAGCAUUAGAGGCUUUUGGUGAUCUUGGAGAUGAUGAGGAACUUGGGCCUGUUGACUGGCCUACUGUGAAAAGAUAUAUCACAUGCUUAAAUAAUUUGGAAGGGGAACGUGUGCACCCUCAUAGUACACCUGAAGAUAAUAAUAAUUUGGAUGUGAUGAAUUUGGAAGAUAUACGCAUACGCCUUCUGAAUGGUGUCCAAGCUGCGUACUGGGGAAUGCUUGAUGAAGGUAGGAUUACACAAAAUACUGCAAAUAUAUUGAUGCAAUCAGUGGAUGAAGCACUUGACUUGGUUUCAGAUGAGCCUUUAUGUGAUUGGAAAGGUUUAAAGGCUAAUGUUCAUUUCCCAAGCUAUUACAAGUUGCUUCAAACGAGAAUUAUCCCACAAAAGUUGGUUGUGUAUUUCACUGUGGAAAGGUUGGAAUUCCAAUGUUACAUUUGUGCUGCAUUUCUUCGUGCCCAUAGAAUCGCACGACGGCAACUGCAUGACUUUAUAGGUGACAGUGAUAUUGCUUCUACUGUUGUCAAUGAAAGUGAGGUAGAAGGAGAAGAAGCAAAAAUGUUUUUGGAAGAGGUUCGUGUAACUUUUCCGCAGGUUUUACGGGUUGUGAAGACAAGACAAGUAACAUAUUCAGUGUUGAACCAUUUAAUUGAUUAUGUCCAAAAUCUUGAGAAGAUCGGCUUGUUGGAAGAAAAAGAGAUGCUACAUCUUCAUGAUGCUGUCCAGACUGACUUGAAAAAGCUUUUAAGGAACCCUCCUUUAGUUAAGAUCCCAAAAAUAAGUGAUUUGCUCAGUUUCCAUCCUUUAUUUGGGGCCAUUCCUCGUUCGAUCUGUGCGCCACUUGAAGGGUCUACCAAGGAAACAAUGAAGCUGCGUGGUGUGACACUUUACAAGGAAGGCUCCAAGCCAAAUGGUAUUUGGCUCAUUUCCAAUGGGGUGAUCAAGUGGACAAGUAAGAGCAUAAAAAACAAGCAUUCGCUGCAUCCAACUUUUACACAUGGGAGUACUCUGGGCCUAUACGAAGUGCUAAGUGGAAAGCCUAACAUUUGUGACAUGAUCACAGAUUCUGUGGUCCUCUGUUUUUUCAUUGAAAGUGAGAAAAUACUUUCAGUUCUCAGUUCAGAUUCCUCCGUAGAAGACUUUCUGUGGCAGGAAAGUGCUAUUGUUCUUGUUAAAAUGUUGCUUCCCCAGAUAUUUGAGAAAAUGGAAAUGCAAGAUUUAAGGGCUCUUAUUGCAGAAAGAUCAAUAAUGAAGCCAUACCUUAGGGGAGAAACUAUAGACAUUCCUCACCAUUCCAUUGGCUUUUUAUUAGAAGGAUUUAUCAAAACCCAAGGUGUUGAAGAACUGAUUACAUCACCUGCAGCUCUGUUGCCUGCGCAUGGGAGUCUAAGCUUCCAAAAUCUGGAAACAUCAGGAGCCAGUUUUUCUCAUCAAGGAUCCUCAUAUCAAGUUGAAACAAGAGCAAGAGUAAUCAUUUUUGACAUGUCUGCAUUGGAAGCUGACAAUGCUUUCCAACAAAGAUCAUCCUCGGUACCCCAUUCAGCUGAUCAUUCUCAUAGAACCCUUAGUAGAGAACUUGGACUGAUGAGUUGGCCAGAAAACUUGAACAAGCGAAUGCGACAUAAGCAGAACCCUGAUGGGAUUGACAGACAAGCUAACAGCUUGUCUUCGAAGGCAAUGCAGCUAAGCAUCUUUGGCAGCAUGGUGGAUAUCCGAGGGCGUACUCGAAGUCUUCCAAGAAGUAGUCUCAUGAAUCCAUCGCAUAUCCAGUCAUCUCCAACAGUUACUUCAUAUCACGGCCAGCACCUUGUUUCUGUCCAAUCAGAAGGAUCUGCUACUAUGAGGAAGAACCUUGAAGUGAGAAAGACCACAGGAAAUAUUACGCCAACCCUGCUUCAAAUUAAUUACCCAAGAGAGAGUCGUGUUGUGGAUGACCCAAGUGAUGAAUCCGGAGCUGAGGAUGAGAUUAUAGUUAGAAUUGAUUCACCAAGUAGGCUUUCGUUUCGCCAGAGUUCUUGAAAGCCUACAUUUAAAAAUUAUAUAAAAAAUAAAAGGUUGUAUUUCAUUUGUUGUAGCAGUUGCGGUUGCCUGUUGCUUGUCAGAGCUUUGUAUUUUAAUAAGCGCACAUGUAAUAUAUAUAAUCUAGCCUAAAGGCCUUCUAUGUGAUGAAACUGAUGACAUGAUCUGUAUUAUAAUAGCUGAAUUAAAUUUUAAUUAAUCCACUUGUGUGAGUGGUUGUUUUUUU